GUGUUGACUGGUGACCUUGGAUCAGGUAUCUGCACCUCUCAUCUGGAAGCUGGUGGGGCUCAGAGGGACCCCCGCCCUCCUGCAGCAGAGGAAAUGACACUGCAGUGGGAUGAGAGGCCCAGAGAGGCCCACAGCUUGCACAGGGCCACCCAGCCUGGAGACUGCAGAGCUGCCCCUUGAACUGAGUGCAGCUGGAGCUGGGCAGAAGGCGGCCUGCAAGGCGCUGCCACCAUGAAGCUGAACGAGCGCAGCCUGGCCUUCUACGCGACGUGCGACGCGCCGGUGGACCAUGCGGGUUUCCUGCACAAGAAGGGCGGAAGGCACGCUGCCUCGCACCGCCGCUGGUUCGUGCUGCGCGGCAACAUGCUCUUCUACUUCGAGGGCCCGGGCAGCCGCGAGCCGCUGGGCGUCAUCGUGCUGGAGGGCUGCACCGUGGAGCUGGUGGAGGCGGCCGAGGAGUUCGCCUUCGCCGUGCGCUUCGCGGGGGCGCACGCGCGCUGCUACGCGCUGGCGGCCGAGAGCCAGGCGGCGCUGGAGGGCUGGGUGAAGGCGCUGUCGCGCGCCAGCUUCCACUACCUGCGCCUGGUGGUGCGCGAGCUGGAGCAGCAGCUGGCGGCCAUGCGCGGCCCAGAGGGUGCCGAUGACAACGGCGGUGCUGUUAAGGCCCUGCACCCGCGGCCCAGAGAGAACGGCUGCUGCUCCGCCGUGUGGAGCGCGGAGCCCCCCGCCACCGGCCAGCACAGACCCCCGAUACCGCCCCGCCGCAGGGCCUCGACGCCCGACAGACCACUGGACUCGGCGCCCUUUGCGCAGCUGCACGACUGGUACGGACAGGAGGUCCGAGCGCUCAGGGUCCAGUGGCUUGGGGGCCGCGGCCUGCCCUGAAAUCGCCCGGGUCCCUGGGGGCAGCCUCAGUCCCGUAUGCCUGGCCCCAAAGCUCUGCCCCAGGAACAGUGGUCAAGGCCACCCCAAGGCCCCGAUCUGCGGUUUCAGGGGAUUCAAGCUCUGGGAAGAUGCCCAUCUGCCCAUCGUAGGACUCCAAAGACCCAGCAGUGAGGCAACCAUUGUGUCUGAUUCCGAGAGAAUCCUGGCCUGGAGGCACUCAGGAAGCCUGACUUCUGGUUUCUAGGACACUGAGCCCCAGGCCUGGGCUGGGUACCCUGCAGGCCUCCUGCUGGCUGCAGGCCUGAGCCAGCCUGACAAGAACCUGUGGCUUAGUCCCUGCCCUGCUGCCAGGCCCUGGCUCUGGGUGGGGACAGGGUGGGCACUCAGCACCCUUACCUGGCCUGACCUUUGCUUCCUGCACCUGCCCCAGAGUGGCCCGCCCACUUUCCACUUUGAAGGCAUUGGUGGGGACAGUGACCCAGAGGCAGGCACAAGUUUAUAGUGUGUGGCCAGGUAGCUCUCUGCUCCCCAGGGCUCCCGGAACAGCCAAGGAAAGACUUUGCCCAGGCUAGCAGCCCUCCUGGGCUUUUGGCCACUCCCUGGCCACUCCUCUGUCCCCAGCCUCAGCCUGGGGCGGGGCCUCCGGGAGAUUGGCUGCUUGGAAGGAGUCUAGGUGCUGCCUGAGGGGCAGAGAGGAGGUGGCUGCAGUGCUGUUGGGAGUCCCAAAGCCCCUUCUGGCUCCUGCCAGUCACCUUUGUGACACCCCAGCAAUCCCCUGGGGACACUGGGAUUGCUUUGUCUCCAGCCUGGCGUGACCUCACUCACCACAGUGCCCCACAGCUCUUCAUCCAGGUUGAGCCCCAGGGGUUGGGACACUCCAGCCUCCCCUGGGUCCUGUGACGUUUACAGUCCUCACUGCCCCACACUGGGGAACCCCCUACCCCCACCUCAACUUUACUCAUGGUGAUGACACACUCAGCCCCUGCCCCUUCUGUUUUUGGAGGCCCUGAGGUUUCUGCCUGCAGUCAAGGGCCCCCAGCUCUCUGCUGGCUCGGUGGGCUGGGGCUGGGCUGCUGAGUUCAGUUUGAAAUAUGUAGGUGUGCUUUCUCGGGGCAGCAGGGCUCUCAGCUCUGCUGGGUGCUGGAUGGCAGGACUGGCACCCUGGCCAUCCUGGCUAGCUGGUGACGCAGAGGCCCCGAAGCUCUGAGCUGCCCUGGCACCUGCAGGGCCAGGCUCCCCUGGUCAUCUUCCCUCCAGCAGCCCAGCUUCCUCCCCACAGAGGCUGCUGGCGUCAGGUACAGUUCCCCAGGCCUGCAUGUGGAUGGUGGUGGCAGCUCUUGUGCAGGGACUCUGGGGCACGGGAGGCCCUACUGGGGCAGCUCAGGGCCAAGCUGUAGAUGCACAUUUAAAGGUACAGCAGGCCCCACCUCCCCGGUGGAGGUGGGAAUGUGCCCCUCCUGCAGAGCACACAGGUGGGGUCACACUGCCUCUGCUGUUAGGUGCCAGAGAGGUGGCAGCCUGGGAGGGGGUGCAAGGGCUAAAAUAAACAUGUUUUGUCAAA